AUGCUUUCGGAGACUGUCUACGCAACCUAUCCUUUCAACGCUGUGAAUGAUGAUGAAAUAAGCUUUCAGCGUGGAGAUCCUAUUAUAGUGCUGGAAAAGGACGACAUAUACGCGGAUGGUUGGUGGCUGGGUCAAAACAUUCACGGACACAUUGGACUUUUCCCUAUGAAUUACACAAGUUAUAGUAGACCUGCAUCACAUUCGUCAUCCGGCGGUUCUGUUCAAAAUAGUGUUGAAAAAACGGCGACUGAAAAUAAUAGUAAUAAUGGCGGAAGAUCAACCAAACCACCGUCGCCGUUACCUAGUUUUAAUGGCCGAACGAAAAUAUCAGGCCCCGAACCUCGGAUGCAAAGUCCUUUAGUUAGUUAUAUACAAAAUAAGUUGCAUGAAUUAGUCAUGGAUAACGAAAAAACGCCUGAUAUCUCGAACUCUCCUCCAACAACCUGGAAUGUAGAGCAGGUGUGCCAAUGGUUAAGAAAAGAAGGGCUUGACUCGGUGAUAGAUCAUUUUGUUGAAAAUGACAUCACGGGUGAUAUUCUAAUCAACCUGGACCGGGAUUCUUUAAAAGAAUUGAAUAUAGUUUCAUACGGUAAACGAAUUCGCAUAAUGAAUGCCAUAAAAGUUCUUAGAAGUGAACACAUACCAGAUGCGAACGAAAGUUACAAUAACAAGUCAACUAAUGAUCAGCGGUCGAACGGAAAUUCCGGCCAAAAUACAAGAUCUCCAACUUUGAAGUCGACAACAUCGGGUUCUACAGUUGGUGACUUACAACCAUAUACCGAACAAAGAGUCUCCUCGGACACCGGCAAACGUCUUUUCUCCUCGAUGUCGACAGGCACUUCGCAAGAAGUUGUUAAAAACACGAAUUCUUUCGGAAGCCCUGAUGGGGAUAAAAUUCAGACUAUGGCUGAAAAAUAUUUUGGAAAAAAGAGCCAAAAGAUACUCUCAAAACUUAGUCUUGCGAGUAGGGAGGAUAAGGAAGAUGAGAGAAACAAUGGAACAAUGGUUUUCAGCAGGGGGAGGGAAGUUGAGAAUGAGAUUUAUGAAAAAAAUGGAGGCGAAAAGAUUUCGCACCAUUUUUCAUUUAAAUCUAAGAAAAAGAAAAAAAGGAGCAAUUUAACAACGAAUGGCGGAUGGAAUUUCUGGAUGGAAGGUGAAGAAGUCGAAACAAAAGAAUUUGACGAUGGCGAGAGGUUUAAGAGCAAAACGUUGGGUGCCUCCUAUCGACCGAUUUUUUCAGAGAAGGAUCAAUCACCCGAAUCAAUUUUUCGCGGAAACUUGAAAAAGAAUUUACCAAUGGAUCAAAACGGAAGUCAGACAGGUCAACCAAAGUAUUCCGUAGAGGAAGUGCGAGAAUCAGAUUACCCCGAAAGUAGGUUCACCGAGAGCGAUGAAGAAAAAGUGAUCUUGAAAAACAUUGGUACACCGGAUUAUGAGGGAUGGCUUAAAAAGCAGGGUGACAGAUACAGAUCAUGGAAAAGUCGAUAUUGCAUACUAAAGGGCGUCAAUUUAUACUAUCUUCAAAGCGAAAAGCAGUCAGUUCAAACUCCUCGGGUUAAAGGUCACCUGAAUCUCACAGGCUAUCGAGUCAUAUCAGAUGAGGGCGUAUUACACGGAAAAUACGGAUUUAAGUUAAUACAUGAUACCAAACGAACUUAUUAUUUUGCACACGAUAAUUUGGAAAAAACGAGAGGUUGGAUGAAAGCUAUAAUGAAGGCUACAAUAUCAAGAGACAUAGGAUCUCCUGUGAUCUCGUCAAGCAACCUUACAACCGUAUCACUUUCUGAAGCUCAAAAUAUGAAUCAGAAAAUCUUAAAUUCCACAAAGCUAGGCCGACCAAAAUCACCAAUGACGCCCUCUCCUAUACUGCAAAUUUCUGCUCCAAUUGCAACCCGACCUACAGCAUACGGCAGGAGCGAUGUCUUUUAA